AUGGAUUUGUGCCCUUCUGUAAAGAACAUUCUUCUUCUCGAUUCAGAAGGCAAACGUAUUGCGGCCAAGUACUUUUCAGACGACUGGCCUACCAAUACUGCAAAGGAAGCUUUUGAGAAGGCAUUAUUUACCAAGACCCAUAAGACGAAUGCUCGGACUGAAGCGGAGAUAACAAUGUUUGAGAACAACAUUGUUGUCUACAAGUUUGUUCAAGAUGUACACUUUUAUGUCACUGGUGGUGAAGAUGAGAACGAGGUCAUUUUAGCCUCUGUCCUUCAGGGAUUCUUUGAUGCUGUUGAUAUUCUACUUAGGGCUAAUGUUGAUAAGAGGGAGGCACUGGAAAACCUGGAUCUCAUACUUCUGUGCAUUGAUGAAAUUGUUGAUGGCGGGAUUGUUCUUGAAACAGAUGCCAACAACAUUGCUAAUAAAGUUGCAAGUCACAGUGUGGACACUGGAGCACCACUCUCCGAACAGACAAUUAGUCAAGCAUUGGCGACUGCCCGUGAACAUCUUACUAGAUCCCUUCUGAAGUGA